AUGGAAGGUGCGCAUCCUCUACUCUCCAGCAUUUCACAGCUAAUUUGCGACUCAGGCCUUUUGUUCAACGUCAACGGUGGCUAUUUGGAGGGUAUAGUUCGUGGCUACCGCAAUGCGCUACUUACGAGCACGAACUAUGGCAAUCUCACGCAAUGCGAAACGAUCGAAGACGUCAAGACCCAGCUCGGUCCUGCGUACGGCGAGGCGCUCUCAAACCUUCCUCCCAACCCCUCCACGUCGGCCCUGGCAAGCAAGACCACGGAGAAGCUAGUCGCCGACUUCAGAUAUCUCCAAGGACAGGCGACGGGAUCGUUGGCAAAAUUCAUGGAAUACCUCACAUACUCGUACAUGAUUGACAAUGUGGCACUCCUCAUUACCGGGACUUUGCACGAAAGAGAUACUAAAGAACUCCUGGAGAGAUGUCAUCCGUUGGGUUGGUUUGAGACAAUGCCAGUUCUUUGCGUGGCCACCAAUAUCGAGGAACUGUACAACUCGGUCCUUAUCGAAACUCCCCUGGCACCAUAUUUCAAAGGAAGUUUGAGCCAUCAAGAUCUGGAUGAGCUCAACAUCGAGAUUGUGCGGAACACCUUGUACAAAAACUAUCUGGAGGACUUCUACCGUUUCGUAAACACGGACCCCGAGAUGGCCAUGACUCCCACGGGGGAAAUCAUGUCAGAAAUCCUCGAAUUCGAAGCCGAUCGACGAGCUAUCAACAUCACCAUCAACUCUUUCGGAACCGAGCUGAACAAGGACCAGAGGAAGAAGCUCUACCCCGAAUUCGGAAAAUUGUACCCAGAAGGGAUGCUCAUGCUCUCGAGAGCGGACGACCUGGAAGGCGUCGGGCUUGCAGUCAGCGGUGUGGGUGACUACAAGCGAUUUUUUGAUGAAGUCGGAUUCAACCAAAGCAGCGGCGUGGGCGCCGGGAACAUGGCUGGAGGGGCGGGCAGUGAAUCCAAGUCCCUGGAGGACAUGUUCUACCAGAAGGAGAUGGAACUCUCCAAGAUGGUUUUCACUCGACAGUUUACCCAUGCGGUUAUAUAUGCAUGGGUCAAGCUACGGGAACAGGAAAUCCGAAACAUCACCUGGAUUGCUGAAUGCAUCGCCCAAAAUCAAAAGGAGAGGAUCGGAAACUACAUCAGCGUGUUCUAA